CUCUUCAUCUGUGUUUCCUGUUGAUGGAAAUGCGGGUGCAGUGGCGCGCUCUAGAUCCUUGUCCUCUGGUCUCCGGAUGCGCAACGUUUACUCGCAAGCACGGACUGGGACCGCGCCAGCCAAGCGUGUGCAGGUCGCUGUCUGCUGCCAUAGCUUGCCCCGUCUGCCUGCGCGGAUGAAGCUAGGCGUAGGCAGUAGGCACCUCGCCUAGUCUCCUGUAAACACCCGCCCGCUAGUGCCAACCGCCAACCACCUCCAAUUACUUCACAGCAGCGCGGCGCCGAGAAGAUGGCUUCCCCCUCGUACAGGCUUGCGGCGGCGAUCACGGCCCCCUCGACCGGCGAGUUCCUCGUCGUCCGGCAGCCGCGCCCGCCAUCCCCACCCGAGGAGGAAGAGGAUUACCGGCGCUUCGUCGACAGCGAUCUCUACGACCUCCCGUCCGCGCCCCUCGGGCCACUCGAGGGGGCACCCCGGUCGGAGGUGGCCAUCGGCGGCGCGGACUCUGUCGCCAGCCGCCUCGACCUCUCGCGCCUCGACGUGUCCGCCGCCCUUGAUCAGAUUUUUCACCAAUUUGGCUUGCCGGCUGGGAUGAGUGGGGAGUGGAGGCUCCUGAAGUAUGUGGAGGAAGCAGAAUUUGGCCCGGAUGCUGGCAUUAACACGGUGUACAUUGUCGGAUCUCUUGAGUUGAGAUUGGAUGAUCUGCCAGAGUCAUGUAAAUGGAUGUCCAAGGAGUGUGCAUUGAGGUUGCUUUCGGAAGCGAAACCAGGUAAUGAUCGCAUAGGACAGUAUGCAUAUAUUGGACUUCUGAAUUCGGAGCUGUCAUCAAACUGCACAGCUUCUCCUGCAUUGCCCUUCCAGGAAUACCCACCUGGAAUAACACUUGUACCUAUGAAGAGUAGGACACUAGCGCCAUUCCGUACAACUAAUCUUGUGGUAGUAAGAUCAACCAAUGGUGCUGGUGGAUCUACAUGUUCUGAUUUUUUUGCUUCGGGGGAAGCUCUGCUUAUAGAUCCCGGAUGCAGCUCUCAGGUUCAUGCAGAGCUUGCAGAUCUCAUUGAUUCCCUUCCAAAAAGGUUAUUAGUUCUUGUUACACAUCAUCAUCAGGAUCACAUUGAGGGUCUUUCAGUCGUUCAGAGAUGCAAUCCUAAUGCUGUUCUUCUGACACACCAAAGUACAAUGGAUCGCAUUGGGAAAGGAACUUGGCAGAUUGACUACACUUCAGUAACUGGUGGUGAAAAGAUAUGCAUAGGUGACCAAGAACUACAAGUUGUUUUUGCACCUGGUCAUACAGAUGGUCAUAUGGGGCUUCUCCAUGUAAAUACCAAUACAUUGGUUGUUGGAGAUCAUUGUGUAGGGCAUGGAAGUGCAACCUUGGACAGUAGAAAUGGUGGCAACAUGAAGGAUUACUUUGAAACUACAUACAAAUUCUUGGAGUUGUCACCACAUGUAUUAAUUCCAAUGCAUGGAAGGAUUAAUCUAUGGCCCAAGUAUAUGCUUUGUGGAUACCUCAGGAAUCGAAGGGCUAGAGAAGCGUCCAUUCUGCACUCUAUAGAGAAUGGGGCCCAAACUCUUUUUGAUAUAGUUUCGAAGACUUACAGUGAUGUUGACAGGAAGUUGUGGAUUCCUGCUUCUUUCAAUGUUCGCCUUCAUGUUGAUCAUCUGAACUCCCUACAUAAAUUGCCCAAGGAUUUCUCUUUGGAAAUGUUCAGUCGAAGUUGUGAUGAUUUUAUCUCUAGAGUUUGAUGGCAAGUACGAGAAAAGGAUCUUCUAAUUCACUGCGUUGUGAUUUCAUUUAAGCUGGCCCGUUCACCAUUUGUUGUUUUAUUAUGUGCAUGACACUGAACAAUUCAAUGAUGGGGAACGAAGUCUUGUAAUAACCGAUAAAUAUGUAGACUGGACACCAAGGCUACCAUUCACACUUCCGAAAAUUUGUAAGAUUUAACAACUCGAAUAUAUGCAGGACUUCUCAUUGGAGAACUUUAAGGAAAGCUGUGGAGUGCAUUUCAUGUUGCGUUGGGCGGUGGCAUAUGUGCAUUCAAGGAGCUCCCCAGCUAUCCUUGCGGCAAGUGCCCUUGCUGGUGGUCUUGCAAUUGCUUGUGCUCUCAGAAGGAACUACUGCAAGCAAUCAUAGGUUCUCUCGGUCGAUAAUUUUCCAGCUAGAUGCACAUUAUAUUAUUCACAAGAUUCUGCUACCAGUAUGUUGAGUCGAACGGUGAAUUGCCAGAACUCUUAUUCUACUAUUAUUGUCCGUGAUUGCCA